AUAUCCGACUCGCAUGAAGAAAGAAUGAAAACAAAACCAUUUAGAAAAAUCUCGAGGGACUAUCAGCCGACGCGAAGAAGAUAAGGAAAACACAGGUACUCUCCUCUCACAUUUCGUAAAUUAUUCCUCAAAUUCCACCGUAUUAGGAGCUGCUUUUGAAGAUCGAAUCCGGCCUCGGGAACCCAUUUUAGCACGGGAUAGUAGUUCCUCCUCCUGCUUCUCCAGCAGCUUUGUCUCCCUUGUUCUGCGAGGCAGUAUGUCUGCCUUUUCUCUGGUUUCCUAUAGUCCAUCUUUAUAUACCAAAGAGAAGAACUUGGGAUUUUCCAGCGUGAAGUCGAGACCUUUGAGGAGGUAUGGAGCUGCUGUGUCCCAUUUUCCGUUUCCUUCAGUACAAUUUUGUGGAAUUAGCAAAACCCAGAUAGAUUCCCCGAAUUGCAGGAAAUUAGGGUCAUUUUAUAGCGAGAGCAAUGGAGUUUCCCUCUUGGGGUUCUGCCCUUGUGGCAAGUCUCGUCAUGGGUUUUCUUCUUGUAGCAUUAGAAUUGGGGCAUUGGUAAAGGAUAACAAUGGAGGUGACCAAACUCAGUUGAAAAGAAGGAAUAGGGAUGUGAGAAGAAGGUUCUCGUUGAGACUGCGCCCCAGAUUGCGGCUGUUGUCCAUGAGGUUGAAGAGAAUUCUGAUUAGGUCAGCCUUGGGCAACUUCAUUUUGUUUCUUCGAAAGAAUCCCAAAAGGCAGGCGCUUUAUGCUUCUUUUUCUGUUGCAUUGGGAAUGCUCUUCUUGUUUCUGAGACUGACAUCCGUGCCAUCUCCUAACGUUGUUCCUUAUUCCGACUUGAUAUCGUGCAUCCAAGAAGGUUCUGUUACAAAAGUUCUACUCGAAGAGGGGUCUCGUCGGAUUUAUUACAGCACCGAAUCGCAAGUAACUGGAAGUGAUCAAAGCUUGGAGGAUAAGUCUCCAGUUGCUGUAGAUAGUGUCACUGGUCCACAAGCAUCAGGUGCUACUCGGUUAGGGAAGCUACUGAAACCUCGAGCAUCGACACCUAAGUGGCAGUUUGCGACAAGGAAAAUAGACCAUGAUGAGAAAUUUCUGCUUAGUUUAUUGAGAGAAAAGGGAACAACUUAUAGCUCUGCUCCCCAAUCGGUUUGGAUGUCGAUGAGGAGUUUGCUGUUAACUAUUAUAGCUCUAUGGAUUCCUUUAUCACCUUUGAUGUGGCUUCUGUAUCGUCAACUUUCUACUGCCAAUAGCCCAGCAAAGAAGCGGCGUCCAAACAAUCGAACCGUCACCUUUGAUGAUGUGGACGGUGUUGAUGCUGCUAAGACAGAGCUUGUUGAGAUAGUCUCAUGCCUUCAAGGAGCUAUAAGAUACCAAAAAUUGGGGGCAAAGCUGCCAAGAGGAGUUCUGCUGGUUGGUCCACCUGGAACAGGAAAGACAUUACUCGCUCGUGCAGUAGCAGGAGAAGCUGGAGUUCCGUUUUUCAGUGUCUCGGCCAGUGAAUUUGUUGAACUGUUUGUCGGGAGAGGAGCAGCGCGCAUCAGGGAUCUCUUUAACGCUGCCAGAAAAUCUGCUCCCUCUAUCAUAUUCAUCGAUGAACUGGAUGCAGUUGGUGGGAGGCGUGGUCGUAGCUUCAACGAUGAACGAGAUCAAACACUAAAUCAGUUGCUUACAGAAAUGGAUGGAUUUGAGUCAGAGAUGAGAGUGGUGGUUGUGGCGGCCACCAACAGACCAGAAGCACUGGACCCUGCUCUAUGUCGCCCCGGGAGGUUCUCGAGAAAGGUGUUUGUAGGGGAACCUGAUGAAGAAGGGAGGAGAAAAAUAUUAGCCAUUCAUUUGAGGGACGUGCCUCUGGAAGAAGAUACAGAACUCAUCUGUGAUCUAGUUGCUUCUUUGACUCCAGGAUUAGUGGGUGCCGAUCUUGCCAACAUUGUUAAUGAGGCUGCUUUACUUGCUGCCAGGAGAGGUGGUGAGACAGUGGCGAGGGAGGAUGUAAUGGAAGCCAUCGAAAGAGCAAAGUUUGGGAUUAACGAUAAGAAACUGAGGCCUAGUUCAAUAAGCAAGGAAAUAGGGAAACUGUUCCCAUGGGUGCCAACUUUGGUGGGGAAGAAACUCGAUGAUUUGCAAGGACCUCUAGCGGGAUCAUCGUUUCAGAAACUGUCAGCUGUGCCAUCUCCAGAAGUUGUUCCUUAUUCCGACUCGAUACCAUGCCUCCAACAUGGUUCUUCUGUUACAGAAGUAUCGUCCGAAGAGGGGUCUCAUCGGGUUAUCUACAACACCAAAUCCCAAGCAACUGUAUACGAUCGAAGCUCGGAGGAUAAGUCUGCAGUUGCUGUAGUACAAGUGCCUAGAUCCAAGUGGCAGUUUGCAACGAGGAAAACAUAUGACGACGAGGGAUUUGUGCUUGGCCUGUCGAGAGAAAAGGGGACAACUUACGGCUCUGCAACACAAUCGGGUGGAAUAUCCAACUGGAGUUUGCUGUUGGGUAGUGUUCUGAAUACAUGGAUUCCUUUAGCUCCUUUUGCAUGGAUUCUGCAUCGUCAUCUUUCUGAUGCCAACAGCCCUGCAAAGAAGCGGCUGCCAAAUAGUUAUCGAACUGUAACGUUUGCUGAUGUCGACGGUGUUGAUGCUGCUAAGGUGGAGCUUGUUGAGAUAGUCUCAUGCCUUAAAGGUGCUGCAAAUUACCAAAGACUGGGGGCAAAACUGCCCAGAGGAGUUCUGCUGUGUGGUCCACCGGGUACAGGAAAGACAUUGCUGGCUCGAGCACUGGCAGGAGAAGCAGGAGUUCCCUUUUUCAGCGUCUCAGCCAGUGAAUUUGUGGAAUUGUUUGUUGGACGAGGAGCAGCACGCGUCAGGGAACUCUUCAAUGCCGCCAGGAGGUCUGCUUCGUGUAUCAUAUUCAUUGAUGAACUGGAUGCUGUUGGAGGAAGACGUGGGCGCAGCUUCGACGAAGAACGUGAGCAAACACUAAAUCAGAUAUAA